AUGGCACGCACCAAGCAAACUUCUUCAAAAGCAACUGGUGGGGUUGCCCCCUGUGUCCAAAUCAAGAGAGAUCGGCAGACCCUCGCAAGCUUGAAGGUCGCAGUACCGCCACAUCUUCUGCAAGAAACUUUAUGCUCUCACGUGGAAGCCCGUUCAGGACCACUCAAAAACGAGUUCUGCAUGCUCUGCCAGGAUGGCGUGCGUGAAGGUGAAGAUUGUCUCUACGAAUGCAACGAGCAUGACUGCCCGCAUGCCGUGUGCACCCAGUGCAUUUCAAUUCCGGCUGGCGACAUGCAGUACCUACAGGAGCUGGAUGUCAAAUUUCGCUGUGUCCACUGCCAUACGGCCUUGGACAAGAAGUUGAAAGAGGUCACGCCAUACUAUGGAUUUUAUAGGGAUGCUCAGCCCAUUUUCCAGUCAUUCCUGCCCAUCGUUGGACAGUUAACCCUUUCUAAAUGUUCCCAGAUUUCUUCAAAGCCAGCCCUCAUCAUUCAUUUCAAGGUUGUUGGCUUCGAGAACACUGCGAGCCCAGUUGACACGGUCCAUUCCUACCUUAGGCCUUAUUUUCCGAAUGGCGGCCUCCACCUCGUCGAUGUGGUUUUCGACCUCGGCACUAGUCACAAGAUUGAUAGGUACUCUCAACAGUGCGAGGAACUUGUGAAUGACAUUAUGGAAGAUUCGCGACUACCAGACAGUUUGUCUUGUGAUCACCAAUCACUACGAAUGACUGAGAACGGCAACCCUUUCCUUGGUUAUUUGGUGCGAAACAGUUAUAUCACAGAUACCGUUCCCGAGUCAUUACUAAAGUAUCUCCAGUUUAUGAGUGCUUUACUUGAUCCGUGGAGCAAAGUGAUUCGCUGCUCGAAGACCACCACCCUAUUCUUUUUGGGCUGCAGAGCCAUCAUCAACAAAUCCGAAGGUUUCAGCGGUUUGCGUCUGGCUGUUGUUGAUCAUGCAAUUUUGUCUACGGUCGCAUUCACUGCCAAACACUUCCAUCCGGCAUUCACUUCCCAUCUUUUUAUUGCAUUCGCUCAGCUCGUUAUUAUUGAAUGCUUCCCACUGUGUGAAGCAUUCCCUGGGAUAAUCAAGCAAUCGGGAUUGGGCAUGCACACCGAUAUCGUCCUGAUGACCAUGACGCCUCAAGACAAUGGCCCAGUGAUGCCACUAGAAUUGCACUCAUUACUCGUGGGCUCAUUCUACUUCUCGUCCGUGGGGAAAGACACUUCCUCUCCAAUGCCCGCAAUGUGGGUGUCCCACCAAAUGAAACAGAGUGAAGGCCGACUUCUCGUGCAAGACAAAUCGGAAGCAAGGAAGCCCCGCUUGAAGAUUAUUUGCAAGGCUCCGAAGAACUCGAGGCUACUUCCAGGGAAAAGACGAAAUGCCUCUUGGUUAGAGAUCGCUCUUGACUUCUCCCAGUCCGUGACCGUUGUACCUAGCUAUAGAAUUCAAGUUACAUUUCAACUACUCCGGCGGCUGUAUAAUAUAUCUAUAACACUCAAGCUGCAUUGGGUCGAAUACCUACGUAGUAGCUCACUGGUUAUAGCACUAUACAUCAUCGCCAAGCUUCCACAGCGGCCAUUGAACGCUCGAGCCUCAAAGAGUGCAAGUAGGGUUGUCGAAGACUCGAAGUGA